AUGGGAGAUUACUCACAACAAGAAUAUGCCGAAAUGGUAAUUUUUUACGGCCGAGCUAAUUGUAACGCCAAUGAAGCUGUACGCCUUUAUCGUGCGCGAUUUCCAAAUGCUCGACAACCUUCAGCUCAUGUUAUUCUCGGAGCCAUCGCGCGUCUCAGAGAAACCGGAAGUGUUUUACCGAAUCAUCGUACGGCUGGGGCACCGAGAAACGUGCGAAAUCCUCAAAAUGAACAGCGAAUCAUUGAACGUGCUGAAGAAAAUCCUGGGAUCGGCAUUCGCGGUAUAAAGUUACGCACUGGAUUAUUAUAUGGCACCGUUCAACGCACUAUAAAAUGCGAAAAACUCCAUGCGUACCAUUAUACUCGAGUUAAUGCACUUCAACCGGAAGAUUUUCCAGUUAGGUUAGCAUUUUGCAGACGGCUCUUAAACAUGCACGACAAUGAUCCAGAGAUAUUAAAAAGAAUUUUAUGGACUGAUGAGUGUACUUUUCAACGUGGUGGUUUUUGGAAUUCCAAAAAUUUCCAUUGGUAUGCACGAGAAAACCCUCAUGUAACAAUCGAACGAGGUCACCAGCGUAGAUUUUCCAUGAAUAUUUGGAUGGGAUUAUACAUGAAAAAUCCUUGUUUAGGUACUUUGGCUGACACAUCUCAGAAUGUUUCAUUUGUAUCUGAGCGUCUUGUAAAAGCUAAAUCAGAUGAAUCAUUAAUCAGUAUAACUUCUUCCAAGAUCCCUCAUAUAUGUAAAGUGAAAUCUCGUUCGUUAGAACUUCUUACUGGAUUAGCAACAUGGAACACACAACCUCAAAUUGUAGAAUUAAUUAAAGGAGAAAAAGGACUAGGAUUUUCAAUUCUAGACUACCAGGUAAUACAAAAUAUUCUGCAACUUUAUAUCUGGAGAAAAAUUAUUGUGGACAACUGUGCUCGAUCAAGCAUGAGCCAAUAA